CGUCAACCAGCUCGAUAAUAAACAUCUCCGCACACUUUUCGACUUUCUACAUAUCGCGAAACAUCGGUCUAUUUUCCUGACUGAAGAAAUUGGGCUGUGCCUCAGAGCGAUAGACACCGCCGCCCACUUCAAGGUCGACUGCCCCGCGUCACAUCGAAGGCAAUAAACAACACGCGAAAGAAUCUCAACCUUCAUGUCCCCCAUUCUACUGUGGCCAUGAGUCGAUUUUUGACGGCACGGCAGGCUGAAGUGCUGCACAAAUCCGUCAUCGCCUACCUUGCUAGCAAGAAGUACGAGGGGCUGUUAGAAGAGAAGUGGACGAGCGUUGUCGGAUUACAAAAGAAGGCCACACCAUCCUCCCUUUCUAAACGAAAUCAAGACCCCACGAACUGGCUUCCUUGUCGACCAACACAUGCGCUUCAGGCACAUAGAGAGGCAGUUACAGCCGUUGCAUUCCAUCCUACCUUUUCGUCACUCGCUUCAGGUUCAGAGGAUAGCACUAUCAAAUCUGGGACUGGGAGAAUUCUGCUGGCGUCCUGUUCCAGUGAUCUGACAAUCAAAUUGUGGGAUCCGAGCAACGACUAUGCGAAUAUCCGAACGCUUCCUGGGCAUGACCACUCUGUUUCCGCAGUGCACGUCUCCCCUGCUUACGAUGGGCGGUGGCUCGUGUCAGGGAGUAAUGACCAAACUGCAAUGAUAUGGGAUGCUGUUUCUGGAGAAGCAAAGGCGACUUUGGUAGGCCACGAAAACUUCAUUGAAUGCUGUACGUUCGCACCACCAGCAAGUUACAAGCACUUCGCAACUCUCUUGGGACUGAAGAAGUCCCCACCAGCGAAUAGUUCAGCCGAAUACGGGGCUACUGGAGCUAUAAAGUUAUGGGAUACUCCAGGGACGUUGAUCAAGACCCUCAUAGGUCACGAUAAUUGGGUACGCAGGCUUGUUUUUCAUCCUGGUGGCAAGUAUUUGGUGGGUGUUGCCGAUGACAAGGCCCUACGCUGCUGGGAUCUCUCUCAAGAUGAAAAUUGCGAAGUACAUGCGGAGAAUGGAGGAUCAACUAAUGGAGCCCCAAAAGCUGAUGCUGGCAAACUCAAAAUUCUAUGCAUUAUUGCAACAGGGAGUGUGAAUCAAAACGUUCGAAUCUUCACACCCUAA